AUGCCUGCAUUUGAAGAUCCUCUUUUUAUCGACCCAGACGUUGGCUGCCUUGUUCCUCCCGAUUUCCACGUUAAGAUGAUGCAGCAUCCACACAAGCACUGCCUUGCAAGUAGGUUUAUUGAUGAUAAGUUGCUAACUACAAUGAAUAAAACUGAUGGGCUAAGGCAGGUGGUUUUGUUAACAGAUGGCAUGGACACUCGACGUCUGUACAGGCUCAAUUGGCCAGCAUCAACAAUGACUUUUGAGUUAUCUCCCGCAAGAAUUUAUAGAAAAUCAACUCAGAAACUCAAAAAUACUGGGGCUAAGAUUCCAAGAAGCUGCUUGUUCUAUCAUAUUCCAUCAGAGACCUCUGAUAUUCAACAAAUUUUGCACAAUAAAGGAUUUAAUGGUGCCAGACCUAGUAUAUGGGCCUUCCUGCUUAAAAAUGGACACGAGGGAAUACCAAAAGACGACCUCUUGGGGAUGUGUAGAGGGAUCUGA